GGAGAGCAGGUCUGCAGUCUGAAUCUUUAGCGUCGUGCACACCCGAGACGACGCUGUGUGACCACGCUCUGCCAAUCCUGGGAAUUACAUACCAACAUACUGCUUAUCCCACUUGUGUGCGCGCGUUUCGGUGUCCUGGACUGAUGGAGAACUUCUACACGCCUGUGGUUUGAUGCGUUUUCUGUCAUUUUUCUAUCCUCGGAUGCGGAUACCUUUGGCUUUACCAUCACCAGUUACCUUAUAGGUGGAUUAUUCUCGUGGGCUCAUGGAGGUAAAUUGAGAGGGGGGAAAAAAGAAGGACAUACAAGUACAACGGGACAAACUGAACGAAUGGGGAUCACCCGGUUUUUGGUCUCCGUCUCAUCAGAGCGAAGGAGCAGGGAUUUUUAGAGCAAACGCAGGACCGCUCCAGUCGCAUCUCGCUUCUCUGGCUUCUGCUUUCUCCUUUCUUUUCACCCUCCAAAAGCGGGGAACGCGUGAAACCUUCAGAGACACAAGCCAGCCAGCAGCAGCGGCAGCAGAACACGAAAGAGAAGAAGGAGAAGACGCCGGUCCCCGCACACACACAUGACAUGGUUCAGUCCAGCUGCGAGAACCGAGUCCUGUUCUCCAUGCAUUGGGAUUUUGCUCAGCGCCUCCAACGAGUGAAUCUCCCUUUUCUGACCAUCUGAUCUGAACUAUCGUGCCCGUGAAUUUCUAAAAAAAAUCAAUGAAAACAAGCCGUGCCAUGACUAACCAGGACGUAGCCAGAGCGGAAUGCGCAUACAGAAAAAGAGAUGGAAUAGGGCUUUUGCACGCGCACCACUGGAGCCGGUUACUGUUCUUUUACAUGGGGCUACUAGGCGCCUCGGUAAAGGCUCAGAACUGCAGCUACACAUUACACAGUCCCAACGGAACGAUAGAGAGCCCUGGUUAUCCUUACGGCUACCCAAACUACGCCAACUGCACAUGGGUGAUCGUGGCCGCAGAACACAACAGGAUACAGCUGGUGUUUCAAGGCUUCGCCCUGGAGGAGGACUUUGACAUCUUGUCGGUUUAUGACGGACCUCCCAGUCCUGGAAACCUGCGCACAAGGUUAACGGGGUUCCAGCUGCCUGCCCCCAUAGUGAGCACGGGAUCAAGGCUCACGCUAUGGCUGCUGUCGGACUAUGCGGUCAGCGGACAGGGAUUUAAGGCGGUCUACGAAGCGCUGCCCAGUUACACUUGUGGUAAUCCCGGACAGCUGCUGAACGGGCACCAGCAGGGGGCCACGUUCAACAUCGGGGACAAAAUCCGGUACAGCUGCAGCCCGGGGUACGUCCUGGAGGGCCACACCACACUGUCCUGCCUGGCCACCUCCGCCGGGAACGCAGCAUGGGACUUCCCCCUGCCCUACUGUAGAGCGGACGACGGGUGCGGGGGUACUCUGAGGGGCCAGAGCGGGGUCAUCACCACUCCUAAUUACCCCAGCGAGUACAACAACAACGCCGACUGCACCUGGACUAUACUGGCCGAGCCCGGGGACACCAUCGCUCUGGUUUUCUCUGACUUUCAGUUGGAGGAUGAUUACGACCUGCUGGAGGUUAGCGGCACCGACGGCUCCUCUCAGUGGUUUACGGGCCCAAACCUUCCGUCUCCCAUCAUCAGCAGCAAGAACUGGCUCCGACUGCAUUUUACGUCUGACGGGAACCACAAGAUGAGAGGCUUCAGCGCUCAGUACCAAGUCAAAAAGAUGACAGAGCUGAAGUCCAGAGGUGUGAAGAUGCUGCCCAGCAAAGACAACCAGCACAAGAUAUCAGUUUUGUCUCAAAUGGGAGUAGCACAGGGACAUAACAUGUGUCCCGAUCCAGGGAUUCCAGACCGGGGCAAAAGAAAAGGCUCGGAUUUCCGACGCGGGGCCACGGUGCAUUUCUCCUGUGACGAGGGCUACGAACUCCAGGGCUCCAAAAGCAUCAGCUGUCUGCGGGUGACGGACAGCUACGUGGGCUGGAGCGACGACAGGCCCAUCUGCAGAGCGCCCAUGUGUGGAGGACAGCUGAAAGGACCGGGCGGUGUCAUUACGUCGCCGAAUUACCCAGUGCAGUACGACAACAACGCCAACUGUACCUGGGUCAUCACCGCCACAGAUCCAACCAAGGUGAUCAAGCUGACCUUUGAGGACUUUGACCUGGAGAGAGGCUACGACACGCUGACAGUCGGGGACGGUGAGGUGGUGGGAGACCAGAAGACAGUGUUCCACGUCCUGUCUGGAACCACCACUCCAGACCUCGUCGUGAGCACCAGUCACCAGAUGUGGCUCAACUUUAAAACCGACGACACCAGCGGCUCCCUGGGCUUCAAGGUUUCGUACGAGGAGAUUGACCAAGGCAGCUGCGGAGACCCGGGGAUUCCAGCUUACGGGAAAAGGGAGGGGACCGGCUUCAGACACGGGGACAAGCUGUUCUUUGAGUGUCUGCCGGCGUUUGAGCUGGUCGGGAAGAAGAACAUCACCUGUCAGAAGAACAACCAGUGGUCGGCCAAGAAGCCCAGCUGUGUCUUUUCCUGUUUCUUUAACUUCACCACUCCAUCGGGGGCGCUGUUGUCCCCUAACUACCCUCAGGAGUACGGCAACAACAUGCACUGUGUGUGGCUCAUCAUCGCUAACCCCGAGAGCCGGAUCAACCUCGCCUUCAACGACCUGAGCAUGGAGAAGCAGUUUGACUUUCUGUCCAUAAAAGAUGGCGGGAAGGCGGAGUCUCCCAUCUUGGGCACCUUCUCCGGAGACGUGGUCCCUCCUCCCAUAACAACCAGCGGUCACGUGGCACGACUCGAGUUUCUGACAGAUCACACGUACACCGACAGAGGAUUCAACAUCACCUUUACAACCUUUCGUCACAAUGAGUGCCCUGACCCGGGAGUGCCCGUGAAUGGGAAGCGUUUUGGUGAGAGCCUUCAGCUGGGGAGCUCCAUCUCGUUUGUGUGUGAGGAGGGCUUUGUGAAGACCCACGGCUCUCAGACCAUUUCGUGUAUCCUCAAAGAUGGAAACGUGGUGUGGGACAAUGCAGUGCCCCGCUGUGAAGCCCCAUGCGGAGGCGAUCUGAAGGCCCCCAGUGGAAUCAUCCUCUCUCCAGGCUGGCCCGAGCUCUAUAAGGAAGCUCUUAACUGCGAAUGGAUCAUCGAGGCUCCUCCAGGCUACCCCAUCAAGAUCAUCUUCGACAAGUUUCGCACUGAAGUCAACUACGACGUCCUGGAGGUGCGUGAUGGACGUUUCCCUUCCUCACCUCUAAUAGGGAGCUACCAGGGGACACAGGUUCCACAGUUCCUAAUAAGCACCUCCAACUUUUUGUACCUGCAAUUUUCCACCGACAAGAGCCACUCGGACAUCGGUUUUCGCAUACGAUAUGAAACGCUUCAGUUACAGUCGGAUCACUGCGUGGACCCAGGGAUCCCCGUGAACGGACAAAGACACGGAAAUGACUUUUAUGUGGGGGCCCUGGUCACGUUUAGCUGCGACGCUGGAUACACACUCAGCGACGCGGAGCCUUUGGAGUGUGAACCCAAUUUCCAGUGGAGUCGCCCCCUGCCGAGCUGCGACGCGUUAUGUGGUGGCUACAUCCAGGGAAACUCGGGCACCAUUUUGUCUCCAGGCUUCCCAGACUUCUACCCACACAACCUGAACUGCACGUGGAUCAUCGAGACCUCCCAUGGCAAAGGUGUGCAGUUCACCUUCCAUACGUUCCAUCUCGAGAGCCCGCACGAUCAUUUGUUGGUCACAGAAAAUGGCAGCUUCUCUCAGCCUCUCUGGAGACUGACCGGAUCCACUCUCCCUCCGCCGCUAAGUGCAGGGCUUUUUGGGAACUACACGGCGCAGAUCCGGUUUCUCUCAGACUUCUCCGUGUCCUAUGAGGGAUUCAACAUCACUUUCUCUGAGUAUGACUUGGAGCCGUGCGAGGACCCCGGAAUCCCGCCCUACAGCACCAGAAAGGGCCUCCAGUACGGCGUGGGUGACGUCCUGAUCUUCUCCUGUUUCCCGGGUUACAGACUGGAGGGGCCGGCGCGGGUGGUGUGUUUAGGGGGCAGAAGGAGAGUAUGGAGCUCCCCUCUGCCAAGGUGUGUGGCUGAAUGCGGCUCAUCCGUGACUGGCAUGCAAGGAGUGCUCCUCUCACCAAACUACCCCGGUUACUACGGCAACAACCACGAGUGCAUCUACUCCAUCCAGACGCAGCCGGGUAAAGGCAUCCAGCUCCGCGCCCGGGACUUUCGACUGGAGGAGGAUGACAUACUUAAAGUCUUUGAUGGCAGCAGUAAUGAGGCCCGUCUGCUGGGGGUGUUUACAGGCAACGAGCUGCUAGACUCGACCCUCAACUCCACCUCCAGCUCCAUGUGGCUGGAGUUCAUCAGCAACGCAGACAACACCAGUAAAGGCUUUGAACUGCACUUUACGAGUUUUGAGCUGGUGAAGUGCGAGGAUCCAGGUGUCCCGCAGUUCGGCUACAAGCGUGAGGACAAAGGUCAUUUUGCAGGGAGCACCGUGUCGUACAGCUGUGACCCCGGCUACACUCUGAAAGGCCCUGAAGUGCUGACCUGCCUGAGGGGGGAGCGCAGAGCCUGGGACAGCCCCCUUCCUCUCUGUGUUGCCGAGUGCGGUGGAACAAUCAAGGAGGAACCGUUUGGCCGGAUUCUGUCCCCGGGAUACCCAGCGCCCUAUGAGCACAACCUCCACUGUAUUUGGACCAUCGAGGCUGCUCCGGGAAGCACUAUUAGUCUUCACUUUCUGGUCUUCCACACGGAGGAGAUCCACGACGUGCUCAGGAUCUGGGAUGGGCCCCAGGAUGGAGGAGUCCUGCUGAGGGAGUUGAGUGGCUCAGUCCUGCCUCCGGAUGCACACAGCACAUUUAACACUGUCAGCCUGCAGUUCACCACCGACUUCUUCACCAGCAAACAGGGCUUUGCUCUGCAGUUUUCAAUUUCCACGGCGACCUCAUGCAACGACCCAGGCAUGCCCGCGAAUGGUACCCGAGGAGGAGACAGCAGGGAACCAGGCGACCAUGUUGUCUUUCAGUGUGAUCCUGGUUAUAUCCUGCAGGGGGCUAACAAGAUAACCUGCACUGAGAUCAAUGGGCGAUACUUCUGGCAACCGGACCCUCCCACAUGCUCAGCUCCUUGUGGGGGAAACCUGACCAGCCCCAGUGGCCUCAUCCUGUCUCCGGACUAUCCCGAACCUUAUCCGCACGGAAGAGAGUGCGACUGGAAAGUCACUGUACAGCAGGACUACGUCAUCUCCCUCAGCUUCAACCAGUUUAGUUUAGAACCAAGCUAUGACUUCCUCCACAUCUACGACGGGCCGGACUCCCUCAGCUCGUUGCUCGGUAGUUUCUAUGGCACAGACGUACCCGAGCGCAUCGAGAGCAGCUCCAACACGCUCUUCCUGGCAUUUCGCAGUGACGCCUCUCUCAGCAGCAAUGGUUUUGUUCUGCAGUACACAGAGAACCCUAGGGAGUCAUGCUUCGAACCAGGACUGGUGCGUAACGGCACGCGGGUAGGGACGGACCUCAAGCUGGGCGCCAUCGUGGCGUACCAGUGCGACAGCGGCUACACUCUGGAGGGAGACGCCACCUUGACUUGCAUCAUGGGAGGAGACGGGAAGCCAAGCUGGAACAAGCCCAAGCCCAUCUGCAUCGCUCCGUGCGGUGGGCAGUACUCUGGCCUGGAGGGAGUGGUCCUGUCUCCUGGUUAUCCUGGGAAUUACAGCCGGGCGAGGACCUGUCUGUACUCUGUGGUCGUACCCAAAGACUAUGUGGUCUUCAGUCAGUUCACCUUCUUCCAGACAGCUCUGAACGACAUCGUGGAGGUGUAUGACGGCGCAACACAGCACUCCCGUGUUCUCAGCUCCUUAUCUGGUGCACACACAGGUGAAUCUCUCCCAUUAGCGACAUCCAACCAGAUCCUGAUCCGCUUCACGUCCAAAGGCCAGUCGAGCGCACGAGGAUUUCACUUGGUCUAUCAGGCUGUACCAAGGACUAGUGCCACCCAGUGCAGCUCUGUCCCCGAGCCCCGUAAUGGACGUCGAAUGGGGAAUAACUUCGCUGUUGGCGCGGUCGUUCGCUUUGAGUGCAGUCCAGGUUAUGUGCUGGAGGGAUCUGGGGCUAUUGAAUGUUUGACUGUCCCCAAUGCGCUGGCACAGUGGAACAGCUCCACGCCAAGCUGUAUAGUUCCUUGUGGCGGAAACCUGACGUCUCGAACUGGAACCAUCUUAUCUCCCGGCUUUCCAGAGCCUUAUCUCAACAGCCUCAACUGUGUUUGGAAAAUCACUGUUCCAGAGGGUUCAGGGAUUCAGAUUCAGGUAAUCAGCUUCGUCACAGAGCAGAACUGGGACUCGCUUGAGGUGUUCGAUGGAGGAGACAACACAGACACCAUGCUUGGCAGCUUUUCAGGCACCACGGUCCCAGCUCUCCUCAACAGCACCUCCAAUCAGCUCUACCUCCACUUCUUCUCCGACAUCAGUGUCUCUGCUGCUGGAUUCAGGCUGGAGUACAAAACUGUCUCUCUGACCAACUGUCCAGAGCCGGUGGUGCCUAUGAACGGCAUCAAGGUCGGCGAGCGUCUUCAGAUGAAUAAUGUGGUGUCUUUUCAGUGCGAGCCUGGAUACACUCUGCAGGGGAAUUCACACAUCACCUGUAUGCCCGGGACCGUGCGACGCUGGAACUACCCCCCUCCUCUGUGCAUAGCUCAGUGUGGUGGAAUCCGUGAGGAGAUGGAGGGGAUGAUUCUUAGCCCUGGUUUCCCUGGCAACUACCCCAGCAACAGUGACUGCACAUGGAGGAUCUACUUGCCUGUUGGUUUUGGUGCGCACAUUCAAUUCCUCAACUUCUCAACUGAGGCCAACCACGAUUUCCUGGAGAUUCGCAACGGACCGCUGGAUACGAGCGCCGUGAUUGGCCGAUACAGCGGGUCGGACGUCCCCUCCUCUCUCCUCACUACUUCGCACGAGACCACGGUGUAUUUUCAUAGCGACCACUCACAGAACAAGCCCGGGUUUCGAUUUGAAUACCAAGCUUACGAGCUUCAAGAAUGCCCAGACCCUGAGCCGUUCCGCUACGGUGCCGUGGUGGGGGCGGGCUACAACGUGGGCCAGUCCAUCUCCUUUGAGUGUCUGCCUGGAUACCAGCUCGUAGGACACUCCAUCCUCACCUGCGAACAUGGCACCACUCGAAACUGGGACCACCCCUUCCCCCGAUGUGAAGUGCCUUGUGGAGGGAACAUUACCUCAGACAAUGGGACCAUUUUCUCCCCCAAUUACCCAGAGGAGUACCCCAACUCGGCUGACUGCUCCUGGCUCAUCACAGUGGCCCCUGGCUUCGGCAUCAAAGUCAACUUCACACUCCUCCAGGUCCAUGGGCCGCAUGAUUUCAUCACUGUCUGGGACGGUCCACAGGAAACAGCCAGGAAACUUGGUAUUUUCACUGAUGGUGAACCCAAUGAACCACCCAGCAGCACAUCCAAUCAGGUCUUAAUACGAUUUCGCAGCAACACCGAAAAAGGCGGCCUGUUCCGUAUUAGCUAUCAAGCGUAUAGACUGCAGUUCUGCCUUCCUCCUCCCAUCAUUCCAAACGCGGAAAUUCUCAUGGCGAGCAAAGAGUUCAAAAUUGGUGAUAUAGUGCGAUAUAGAUGCUUUCCGGGUUACCAGUUAAGUGGAAACAGUAUAAUGACCUGCCGGCUGGGAACGCACUUAGAGUUUGAGGGGCCGCCACCUUCAUGUGAUGUCACCUGCCCAAUGAACGAAGUCCUGACCGCCUCCACCGGGGUCAUCAUGAGCCAGUCCCCGGGCAGCAGUUUCCCUCACUUUGAGUCCUGCUCCUGGGUCGUCAAAGUGGAGCCCGGCUACAACGUCACCUUCACCAUUGAACAUUUUCAGACCAGCCGGCAGUUUGAUGAGCUGGAAAUAUUUGAUGGUCCAUCCCGGCAGAGUCCUCUCCUAAUAACAUUAAGUGGGAACUACUCCAACCCUCUGAGCAUAACCAGCUCCAGUAACAAAGUCUACCUGCACUGGUCCUUCGAUCACACCACCAGUCAUAAAGGCUUCCGCAUCCGUUACUCAGCUGCUUACUGCAGUCCUCCCAACAACCCUAUGAAUGGCACCGUUCACAGUCUGACUGGCACCAAGCUGGGCAGCACCCUGCGCUUCAGCUGUGAUCAGGGCUUUCGGCUGAUUGGUCAGAGCAGCGCCACCUGCACCCGCACCGUAUAUGGCAUCUACCAGUGGAACGCACCGGUGCCACUGUGCCAAGUCAUGUCCUGUGGAAUGCCCGUGCCACCUGUCAACGGCAGUAUCGCCGGGCAGGACUUCUCUCUGGGAGCCAGGGCCACGUACCAAUGUAACCCCGGGUUUAGACUGGCAGGACCCGUCACCACCUCUGUGACCUGUCAGGAGUCUGGGAGGUGGAGCUCUAUAGAAGCACCACCCAGAUGCAUCCCUGUGACAUGCCCAGAUAUUGGACACAACGCUGUAGAGCACGGCAGAUGGAGGCUAAUUUAUGGGACCCAAAACCAAUACGAUGCACUCAUGAUGCUCGUAUGUGACCCUGGUUACUACUACAGGGGUCAAAGAGUCAUUCGCUGUCAGGCUAAUGGGUCCUGGAACUACCCUGAUCCACGUCCUGUUUGUGACAUCAUUUCAUGUGGAGAUCUUGGGACGCCACCAAACGGACACAAAAUCGGAACGCUAACAGUCUACGGAGCUACAGCCAUCUUUUCCUGUAACACGGGCUACACUUUGGUCGGGUCCCGUGUUCGUGAAUGCAUGUCCAAUGGCCUUUGGAGUGGGUCACAAGUCCAGUGCUUAGCUGGACACUGUGGUACACCCGAGCCCAUAGUGAACGGGCAGAUCACUGGAGAGAACUACAACUACAGAGGCAGCGUUGUGUACCAGUGUAACCCAGGAUUCCGUCUUAUCGGAGUUUCAGUCAGAAUCUGUGAACAAGAUCACAGAUGGUCGGGAAGAACACCUGUCUGCGUCCCGAUCACAUGCGGACAUCCAGGAAACCCGACUUAUGGAGUGACCCAGGGCAACCAGUUCAAUCUGAACGAUGCUGUCCGCUUUGUCUGUAACACUGGAUAUGUUCUACAAGGGUCUGUGAAGUCUACCUGUCUGGCCAACGGACAAUGGAGCAACCCUCUGCCCAGGUGUAGAAUUGUGAACUGCACAGAGCCAGGCCAUGUGGAUAACAGCAUUAAGCAGGUCCUCUCCAGUGGACCACACCGCUACAGCUUCCAGACCGCCGUCUCGUACCGCUGUAACCCUGGGUACUACCUCCUGGGAACCAGCUCUAUCUCCUGUCAGGGGGACGGCACCUGGGACCGCUCUCUGCCCAAGUGUUUGCUGGUGCUGUGCGACCGUCCCAGCAUGCCUCCCUACGCCCAGAUCUCAGGCGAGCGUCGGACUGUGGGCUCGGUCAUCCGCUACAGCUGCAUGGGCCAGCGCACCGUCAUGGGCAACACCACCCGCAUGUGCCAGCUGGACGGCCAGUGGAGCGGCUCCCCACCACACUGCUCCGGUGACUCCUCUGGGCUGUGUGGGGAUCCCGGCGUUCCUGUCCAUGGCAUUCGUCUCGGCGAGGAGUUUACGGUGGGCAGCGUGGUCCGUUUCAGCUGUGAACCGGGCUACACGCUGAAGGGAUCGCCGGAGAGAACCUGCCUGGCUAAUGGCACCUGGAUCGGCUCGCAACCGGAGUGUCAUGUCAUCUCAUGUGGGAAUCCUGGGACUCCAAAGAAUGCGCAGAUUCUGAUCCACGACGGCUUAACUUUUUCUAAAUCCAUCACAUACUCGUGUCGGGAGGGCUACUACUCGACCGGUCUGCUCACCCGGCACUGCACCGUCAACGGCACAUGGACGGGGAACAUGCCUGAGUGCUCACUGAUCAACUGCGGGGACCCAGGAGUACCAGCCAACGGUGUGCGAUUGGGAAAUGACUUCACAUACAACCACACUGUGAGCUUCCAGUGUUCACCUGGUUUCACUAUGGACGCCGACCGAGCCUCCACUCUGCUCUGCACCAAAGAUCGCACCUGGAACGGCACCAAGCCACACUGUAAAGCCAUUGUGUGUGGGCCACCUCCCAACAUCCCCAAUGGGCAGGUCGUCGGCACUGAUUUCGUUUGGGGCUCGAGCAUCAGUUAUUCGUGUAACCAGGGCUACCAGCUGUCCCUGCCCACUGUGCUGACAUGCCAAGGCAACGGCAACUGGAGCGGAGAGAAACCUCAGUGUUUUCCUGUGUUCUGCGGAGACCCCGGGAUACCAGCCCAGGGCAGGAGAGAGGACAGAGGAUUCACCUACCUGUCUUCUGUAUCAUUUUCUUGCUACUCUCCUUUUGUUUUGGUGGGCUCUGCCAGGCGCUACUGCCAGUAUGAUGGGACUUGGAGCGGCACACAGCCCUCUUGCAUAGACCCUACUCACACUACCUGCGGAGACCCCGGCACCCCACUGUUUGGCAAUCAGAACAACACUCAAGGCUACCAGAUAAGCAGUACUGUAUUCUUUAACUGCAGAAAGGGCUACUUACUGCAAGGAUCAAUAUCUCGAACCUGUCUACCUAACCUCACAUGGAGUGGCUUUCAACCUGAGUGCAUAGCCCAUCACUGCAGCCAGCCGGAGCUGCCAGCGCAGUCUGAUGUAAGGGCCAUUGAGCUGCCGUCUCUGGGCUACACUCUGAUCUACACGUGUCAGGCGGGCUUCUACUUGGUGGGAGGCUCGGAGCACAGAACCUGCAGAUCCGACGGGAGCUGGACAGGCAAACCACCCCUUUGUGCAGCUGAUAACAGGCCGAGUGGGAAGAGUCCAGUGGGCACGGUGCAGGAGCCACCCUCCAAAUUGCCAGUCCCAGGAGGUGUAUUUGCAAAGAACUCUCUGUGGAGAGGUUCUUACGAGUACCUGGGGAAGAAGCAGCCCGCCAUGCUCAGCAUCACUGCCUUUGAGCCCUUUAGCAACCGAGUUAAUGGGACACUGAUUGACCACAGCGGAGUGGAGCUCAAACUGGCUGGCACAUAUAAACGGGAGGAGGCUCACCUGUUGCUGCAGGUCCAUCAGAUCCGUGGCCCUGUGGAAAUCUUUGUCAACAAGUUCAAGAUCGACAACUGGGCCCUGGAUGGACACGUGUCCUACAUCUCCUCGUCCAACUCCUUUGUGUACCAGGGCUUUGUCAAGGGGAAGGGCUUCGGCCAGUUCGGUCUCCAGAGGUUAGAGAGUUUGGAUCCCAGCAGAGAAAACCCAGGAUACAACUUCGCCCCCAACAGCAGUUCAGUGGCUGCAGCCAUUCUAGUGCCUUUUAUAGCCAUGAUCAUUGCAGGCUUUGCUUUGUACCUCUACAAACACAGAAGAAGACCCAAAGUCCCCUUCAAUGGUUAUGUGGGCCACGAGAACACGAAUGGCCGAGCUACUUUUGAGAACCCCAUGUACGACCGCAACAUCCAGCCCACAGACAUCAUGGCCAACGAGAGCGAGUUCACAGUCAGCACAGUGUGUACGGCGGUAUAGCAACUGUUUCCUCCUCAGCGCACUCAUUCCUGAUUCGUACAGAAGAGGGAGACUGCCUGCCAACGGAGGACACCUGUGGAUCCUUGAGCAGAGGGCAAAACAAAGAUGAUUUUAUUUGCUCAAAGACACUCAGUGUGUCAAAAGCUCCUAUGCCCACAGGAUAUUAUCCCAGAGAAACCACGUGAAGACAUGACUGAUCCAAACGCCAACACUUUUGCGACUUCACCUGGUUUCUUCCUCGUUUUCCGUGUUUGGAGGACAUGCUACCUGAAACUACUGCAGCUCGAGGAAAGCUGAUAGCCAAGCUGUGAUGACUUUUCUCCCUGCCCGACACCUAAACCCAAAGGGAUUUUUAAAAACGGUCAACUUUGAAUCAGAAGAAUUGACCAGUAGCUUACGGACGUGGAGACAGCCUGGACUGUUCCAUCCAUCCUCCUCCUGUUUUGUAUUUGAUUUUCCUCACGCAGCGUUCUUUGCUGUGGUGAGUUAUUGGGAAGCGAUUUCUUUCCUCAACUGUCUGCUCCGGAGGCUGGCGAAAUCUUUCAUCCUCCGGCUUUUGGAUGAAUUAAAAAUCUGUGAGUUUUGAAGGCCUUGUUGGAUGUACUGCACUCCAUCAUGACUUUUUUUCUGUUCUUUUUUGGCUGGAGUCUGCAACGCAUUUGUUUCUGCUGAGGCAGCUGUGUCCACGGGAGGUUAUGAGGUGGCUAUGUCUU